UCCAAUGACGUCAUUGUUAGGGUAUUUUCAAGAUGGCGGACGGCGUCUCAGAAGCCGCUGUGUCGGACAGAUGAACACAACAACCCCCGCAGACAGCAACACCAGCCUUCGGCGCGCAGGAUGUCGGCUCCCCGCGGACGCCCGACAUUAACGCCCUGAGCCGGGCGUGUGGCAGUCAGCGCUCCCUGUGUCCGCAGGCUAAGAUGCUAGCUCCCUCGGCCAAGAAGAAGAACAAAAACCGCCGCCGCUGCUGCGCUGCUGGGCCGAAGGAGCAGAGUCGCGCUGGCCGGCGGGCCUGAGGCUCAUGGCAGCGACGAGGGAGCGCGGAGGCCGCUUGGUCGUCGACGUGAACGAGAACGAAGAAGACGAGGCGCGACGACUCAAAUGCGCCCUGGCACUCCGACAAGGAGGUGACGUCAGCGCGGGUCAUGAUGCUGAGGUCGACCACCGCGGUACCGGCGCCGACGGAAGGUCACCUGAGCACCGCCCCACCUGCCUGAACGGAACCACUGAGUCACGGCGCGACGAGGAAGGAGGAGGCGGGCCCGGCGUCGCCGCUUCCUGUCCGGCUGUGACACCGGCGACGUCGCGGCACGCUGGGAAGAACCGGACGAGCCCGGCUGGGGAGGAGGACACGGACGGGUUCGGUGGGCCGCCAUGUUUAGGAACAAAGUCUCAAGGAAGCAUGCCUAACGGGGAUGCGGAUCACUGUGGUCCUCACGCAGACCUUUGUGGUCCUCACGCAGACCUUGGUGGUCCUCUAGCAGACCAUUGUGGUCCUCUAGCAGACCUUUGUGGUCCUCUAGCAGACCAUUGUGGUCCUCUAGCAGACCAUUGUGGUCCUCUGGCAGACCAUUGUGGUCCUCUGGCAGACCAUUGUGGUCCUCUGGCAGACCAUUGUGGUCCUCUGGCAGACCAUUGUGGUCCUCACGCAGACCAUUGCGGUCCUCAUGCAGACCUUUGUGGUCCUCGUGCAGACCACAAAGAACCGAGACAAGUCAACGGGGGCUUCCAUACUUAUGAAGAAGCCCAGUCCGGUGUUUGGAGCUCAGGUGACUGCAGCGGGGGUUCGGCCGGCCCGCCCGCCUCUGUGGACUCGCCGGGGGCCGGACCGCCUUCCCCCGCCCCGUCCGCCUCCUCGGGACUGAGCGAGGACAGCUCGCCGUCCGAGCAGGACUCUCCCGGGCCCGGUUUGGUCGGCCGGCCUCGUAGUCUGAGGACCGAGCCGAACCUCGCCGUGUCCCUCAGCUGUGACGCCACCCCGCUGUCCCCCGCCGAGGACGGGGGGUUCGGUUUCGGGGACCAGGGCGACUUUCGGAACACUUUUGAGAGGGGCCGCCGGCAAAGUGCACCGGACCAGCUACCGGACCUCAACACGCAGCUGGACUGCUCCGAGUCCAAACUGAUGCCCAAGAGGUUUGGAAUAGCCGAUUUCUUCACCAGGAGCCUGUUUUCGAAGAGAGCCAAAGACUCCAAGGCGCCGGCCCACAAUGCAUCAGGCUGGCGAGUGUUUAACAAGCCCAGGGAGGAGGAUGCCGCCAAAGACUCCGCCCCCUCCUCCACAGAGCAGCUGUCUCCUCAGCGCCCUCUAACUGCCGGUAGGAAGAAGAACCUGGAGUUUGAGCCACUCUCCACCACAGCACUCAUCCUGGAGGACCGGCCGCCGAACCUCCCUGCCAAGUCUGUGGAGGAAACGCAGAGACACAAACUGGAGUAUGAGGAGAUGGUGGCCGGCGCCAAGAGGAGAGAGCUGAAGGAGGCGCAGAAGAAGAAGCGUCAGAUGAAGGAGCGACAUCGCCACGAGGACAGCAUCUCCAACGCCAUGGUGGUCUGGAACACCCAGAUCCUCCCCCACUGGGACACAAUGAAGGGUACGCGGCGUGUCAGGGAUCUGUGGUGGCAGGGACUUCCUCCCAGCGUGCGAGGUCGGGUGUGGAGCCUCGCCAUCGGCAACGAGCUCAACAUCACAGCAGAACUCUACGACAUCUUCCUGUGUCGCGCCAAGGAGAAGUGGAGGAGCUACAGCGAGACCAGCUCCGUCAACGACAGUGAGAGCGACGGGGGGGCCUCACUGGCUGACAGAGAGUCCAGUCUAGACCUCAUCAAGCUGGACAUUUCCAGAACCUUCCCGUCGCUCUUCAUCUUUCAGAAGGGCGGUCCCUAUCACGACCUCCUCCACAGCGUGCUGGGAGCGUACACCUGCUACAGACCUGACAUCGGAUACGUGCAAGGAAUGUCCUUCAUCGCUGCCGUGCUCAUCCUCAACCUGGAGGAGGCCGAGGCUUUCAUCACCUUCGCCAACUUGCUGAAUAAACCUUGUCAGAUGGCCUUCUUCAGAGUGGACCACGAGCUGAUGUUGAAAUAUUUUGCCGUCUUCGAGGUGUUCUUCGAGGAGAACCUGCCUCGUCUCUUCAGCCACUUCCAGACCAACCAGUUGACCCCUGACCUCUACCUGAUCGACUGGAUCUUCACGCUGUACAGCAAGUCCCUUCCGCUGGACGUGGCGUGCCGCGUCUGGGACGUUUUCUGCCGGGACGGCGAGGAGAGCUUGUUCAGGACGGGUUUGGGCAUCCUGCGACUGUUCGAGGACGUGCUGCUGCAGAUGGACUUUAUCCACAUCGCCCAGUUCCUCAGCCGCCUGCCCGAAGACCUGCAGGCCCACACGCUCUUCUCCGCCAUGGCCAGCACGCACAUGAUCAGCAGGAACCGCCGCUGGGCUCAGGUCUUUUCUUCGCCGCCGCCGAAGAACCGGAGCAAAGACGGCGAAAAGAACGGCAGCCCCGCCCUGAGAAGCUGAACGCGGCAGGAAGUGGCGGCGCCACGUCCUUCCUCCCGGUGGGUCACGGACCUUCUUUGUGGUGCUCAGACAUUCUUUUUUUCCUUAGCGCCCGCUAGCUGCAGCUCAGCCAGGACAGGAGGAAGGUUGCAAAGCAGCAUUAUGACUAACAUGUGAUUGUACAAAGCAGCAUUAUGACUAACACGUGAUUGUACAGCUGUGCUCUUUUCUUACCAGGGUGGCCAGCAAACAUGUCAAUAAAAGGUCAGCAAAGUGACGGGUCAACUAACAAAAUGUCUUGUUACUAACCUCAUGCUUUUAUUUCUUAUUUCUCCUUCCUGUCGUGCGCUCUCCCCACUGCUGUGCGCAGCCGCCACCACUAGAGGGCGACCAAGUCAACGUUUGGACUUUUUGAACUUUUAAGGGACAUUUUUAAGGAUGAAGGUCACCAUGCAGCUCCAUAGAGGCAAGUAAUAGAUUACAGUUACUUUUGUAACAGUAUUGUUUAAAAUGGAGUGUGCCGACCUUUCACUUCCUGUCCGUGCCGGGCGGUCAUUUUUCAAAAUAAAAGCGUCCGCGGCGUCUGAACGUGUCCUUAUGGUGGGCGUGUGGGCGUGCGUCUCCACGGCGACGGGAGAGCUGAGGUAUUUUGCCUCUGACCGAGUAUUUGGCAAGCAGUCUGGGGUCUUUCCUGUGGG